AUGAACACCGACAAGUUCAGGAAGAAGAAGAAGAGGAGAGAGGAGGGCGCGGCGGGCGCACCGCUGGUCGCCGACGGGCGAGACCUCUCCGUGAGCUCCGGCGGCGGCCAGGCCGGGGGAGGCUCCGCGCCGCCGCCCGCGGCCGACCAGGAGCAGGCCGGGGCGAAAGAGGGCACGCCGUUCAACGGAGGUGCUGGGGACCUCGCCACGCAGGAGGCCGAGCAGGAGGGGCACGACGGCAUCGUGAAGCAGGGCUGCACCGACGUCGCGUGCCUCGUCCUCUUCCUCGCGGUCCUGGGCCUCAUGGGGUGGCUGACGCACUACGCCUCCGCCCACGGAGACAUCCAGAAGCUGCACCACGGGAUCGACUGGGCUGGGGAGGUGUGCGGCUUCGGCCCGGCGGUGUUGGCCAAGCCAUACCUGUACUGGUGUGGCGACGGGAGCUACACGGACAUCACGCAGGAGCAGGGCAACGAGACUGUAUUGGUGGCGCGGAUCCCGACUGCCUUGAACAUGGACGCGCCUAUCUGCGUCGAGACGUGCCCCAGCGGCUCCGAGGUGGUAUUCUGCCCAUCGGACGCGCACGUGACGAGGACGGUCACAGGGGAGAGCCCCGAGAUCGUGAUGACCACGGUCAUCAAACGGGAGGUGAAGGGCCAGGCAAGCUACCCCACAAGUGCCCUGGCUGGCGCGUUCUGCCUUCCAGACCUCGCUACGGAUGAAGACGGCGAUGAGAAUAGCGAGAGACGGAAGGCGGCUCUGGGCGAUUUGCAGGUCAAGAUCCACGAGUGGCUAGACAAGAGCUGGGCUUCCAUCUUGAUGGUUUCAUUCGGCCACCUUGCUGAAGACAUCCCAAACGUUUUGCCUCUUCUCUGCGGCAUAUGUGUGAUAACCUUUGUGAUGAGCUUCGUUUAUUUGCUCAUGCUGAGAUGGCUGGCGAAGCUCACGAUCUACUUGAUCAUAAUACUGACGGCGCUGGUGUUUUUUUCUGUGGCUGUCAGCCUUAUUGUCACUGCGCACGACCUCACCGGCCACCAGCAUCUGUCGCCGUUGUUCAAGCACAUCGCCGCCCACCACGUUGCCGUGAUCGUGUCUGACGCGGUCGGGGUCGUGUUCCUGUUGCUGGGCGUGAGUGUAACCAUCGUGGCGUGCUGCAUGCACGACACCGUCGAGAUGGUCUGCGGCUGCGUGGAGGCCGCCUGCGAGUGCAUGUUCGACAUGCCCACGCUGUUCCUGGAGCCAGUUGCCGCGGGGGCGCUGAAGCUGGCCAUCCUGUGCGGUCUGCUCUACGGCUUCGCCCAGCUCGUGUCGGUGGGCGACGUGGAGAGCAAGAACCUCGACGUAGGAGGCACGGCGGUGCGCGGCAUCAACCGCAAGCUCACUUUUUCCGAGGACAGAUGCGGAUAUACAUUCUUUUGUACGCGUUCGGCAUCUUCUGGAUGGUCGAGGUCUGCGAUGCCUGUCAGCAGUUCACCGUUUCCUACGCGACGGUUCUGUGGUACUACAAACCCAUCGGGGCCGACGGCGACAAGAAGUCACCCUGGUUCCCGGUUGUCCGCGGCUUCUUCAACGCCAUCUUCUUCCACCUCGGUACACUGGCGAUGGGCGCCCUCUUGA